UUUGUCUGGCGUUCCUCCUUUGAAAAUGCUUCAAGUAAUGAGGGCCAUGGAUAUGCUCGCUUCUGUUCUCGUUCUGUGUACUUUUGCUUUCGCUGAGGCAGCAGACACUUGUGGUCGCCGGCGGAUCUCUCUUCCCCAUGAAGAUGUCAAGCAACUGGCGACAGCCAAUAACUACUUGGCCUUCAACUUGUACAGAGAGUUGACUUUUGAUUCCCAAGAUAACGUUUUCUUCUCCCCUUUCACUAUAUCAUCUGCAUUUGGAGCGUUAUACUUUGGUGCAAGAGGUAAAACUUCUCAAGAGCUCAAAGAGAUUUUGGGUUAUCAAGAAGCUAACUUCAUGGACGAAUCGGUUCACAUUUCCUUUUUCUAUUACUUGUCUGAAAUUUUACCGAAAUUUAAUUCUCCCGAAAAUAUCCUAAGUACUGCGUGUGCUCUUUUGGUGAACAAAAAUAUUGUUCUCAUUCCAGAAUAUAAAUUUGAUGUUCAAAAGCUGUAUGAAGCUUUGGUUCAAGCCGUUGAUUUUAAGCAACCUUCAACCAUGCAAGAAAUCAACACGUGGGUAAAACAGAGAACUCACGGCAAAAUAGACUGUCUUAUGGAUUCUGCUGAUGAGACAACUGCUUUUGUACUGCUGACUGCUGCCUAUUUCAAAGGGGCAUGGCGGAUGAAGUUUGAUUCCAAAAAUACCAUAUUGAAGCCAUUUUACAACGGUGGUAUGGAAUGUAGAAAGAAAGAUGUCCCGACGAUGCACCUUUCUACCACUGUUCGCUAUGUAGACUCCUUCGAAAAAGAUUUCCAAGCGAUCGAACUCCCCUACAAAGGCAAGCACGUCAGCAUGCUGAUCCUUCUUCCAGGCAGCCUUUCUGCCAUGGGUGAGAUGGAGGACAACCUUUCACCACAGAACUUCACCACCAUCCGCCGUACCAUGUACUUCACCAAGGUCAACAUAUCCCUGCCCAAGUUCAAGGUGUCCUACUCUCAGGAGCUGUCCGAAAACAUGAAGGCUCUUGGUGCCAAAGACAUUUUCAAGCCUUCAGCAGAUUUUUCGGGCAUGGUUCUGACGAAUAGUUCAGCGUACUUGAGUGAGGUCUUGCACAAAGCUUUCAUAGACGUCAAUGAAGAAGGGACAGAAGCUGCGUCUUUGACCUCAAUCAUUACCACGAGGAUGAUGCCCGGGGCAGAAGAUGUGCCUGAAUUUAUCGUCGAUCGGCCGUUUAUGUUUGCCAUUAUUGAUCACAAAAGUAGCAUGGUUUUAUUUCUGGGCAGAGUGAACAGUUUGUGA